UUGUAAUAAUAGGGGGGAGUUUUGUUCGUCAAAAGGGAGGAGAGUGUGACGAUGUAGUGUGUUGGUUGAGAUUAGUUUAUAUUGCUACCGGUAGAUGUCUCUAUAAGUGAAGUACAGUCCGGUGCGCAUGUCUGAAUCUCUCCCGUGAUUGGUAACUUAAAGGUAAAACUGUUCACUGUAUAGUUGGUUCUGAUUGGUAAACGUGUACUAUCUGAACUUGUAUAUAAAGGGUUGACUUGAAAUAAAUCGGUCUCUUUAGGGGCACCUUAUGGCUUCUUGUAGUGCGCCUUGGUCUUCCUUGGCUUUUACGGCUCCCUGUUGGUUCUUAGAAUUAGUGAAUUACACCAGUGUAUGACCAACAGAGUCAUGGCUGGAAUGAAUUUAUCAGGAAAGAAAAAAAAAAUUUUCCGUUUGGGCACAGCAACUUCUGUACGGUGAUCAAAGGUAAUUAAAUUAAUGUUGCAGUUUGUUUUACAUUUACAGUUGUAAUUUGUGCCUAAUUUGAUUUUUUGUAAUAAACUAAUGUUGGUAAUACCGCUAUCAAUAUCUAUCAUCUCCAGUUUGGGCAGCUAAGGCUAAAAAAAUAGUUCUUACAUUUUGCACCCUAGUUGGAAUUUAACACCCAAUCUUAACCUCAUUCUUAGAAUCCCUCAAUAAGCCACAAUAGGCACACCUGCCAGUGUUUGUUCAAUACAUAUAUGCUUACAUUUUUACUUCACUUUUUUUUUCAGAUGUCAUGAUAUCAAGAUAUGGCUGAACAGAGAAAGAAGUCUCGGACAGUAUCGUCAAUUAUCUGAAAUGGGCCCCCCCCCCCCAAAAAAAAACGGAGGUGGAAGAAAGUCCCAAUUGAAGAACUUGAACUAUUGUUUUGGCCUUGUGAUAGAUAUUGCUAGAAUACUUUACAGGUCAUAUUUGAAAAUGGGCUUCACUUCACUUUCAAUAUUAAAUUCAACAAAAACUCAACAUUGUGACUCAAUGUUGGAUCAACAUUGAAUUAAAUGUUGUGUGCCUGCUGGGAUAGAGUUGGCGGGUACAAUAUGUAUAAAUUGGGCAAAGUUCAGAACAUUCUGUAAAAAUUGAUAAUCUAUUCUCAGUUAGGGCAGUUGUUGGUGCGAGUUUCAUAAAGGACAGCUGGUACAAUUCACAAAUUGAUAUUUUGGCAAAUGGCAAGAUUGAUUACUCCUACUGCAAGUGCAAGGCAGGAGGGCAGGGAAAAUGCAAACAUGUUGCAGUCUUGUUUAGUCUGAAUGACAUGAGGCUGUCUGGGUUAUCUGAAAUCCCUGAAGAACUGGCCUGUUCACAAAAACUCAAGGAGUGGGGUAGAAGAAAAUGCAGUGUGACCGUCCCAGGAAAAUUUUCGGACUUGGACUUUGUAAGGUAUCAACCAGGCAAAGAUCCCAUCAGCAUAGGUCAUUCAAAAUGUAAAGGAGAAUAUGCUGUUCUCCCACCAACUAAGCAAUCCCUCCCCAAACCUAGACUGGAUAACUUUGUGAGCAGGGUGCCUGAAGGCUCAGUGAGGAAGUUGAUGUUGGCCGGUUUAUGGAGCAGUAGUGAGAAGUCAGUAAACCUUGUAGGUGCUCAUCCAGAACACAAAUUGAAUGUGCUCCAACCACAUCCACUGCAGAACAUCCGUAACAAGGUGUCAGAACAGAUACAAACUUGGGAUUUUGAAAGUAAAGAGUUCCAAGAAAUGCAGCUAAGUUUCACAUCGGUUGUCUGUGGAUGAAAUAAUCCAAAUAGAAAGUGAAACACGGAGCCAGGCAAACAGUAAGAACUGGUACAAACAUAGAAAAGGUAAAAUCAUCAGGUGAAUCUUUCAACAGAUGGCUAAAACUACUUAUAUAAAGAUACUUAAUUUACUUCAUGACAUUAUUUGAUGAUAAUAACACAUUAAUAUUAAAAGGAUGCAUGGUACUCAGAUAAGUAAUGUUUGAAUUGUACAGUUUAAGUUAUAUACUGUAAUUUUAAUGAACGGUUUGCACCUUUAAUAACUCAAGGCCAGGAUUUGGCAUGUUAAUUGUUUUUUAGGAUAAGUGGAAAUUUAAUGUAGUAUGUUUAUAACCAGUAAUUCCUUUAGGAAGUAAGAAAUCAGAAGACAGUGUAGCUGAAUCGAACACAGCUGAUAAGAUGAAUGAAACAAAUGGUGAGAAAUUCAGUUCAAAGUUCAUAUUAAUUAAUGGCGAUUGCCUCUUUGUGUACGUUGUACCGUGUCACUAAGUACACCCCCAACUUACGAAAUAUAGCUUGGGAAUGAAAAACGGUUAUCAAUUUUACUGCAAUUUUUAUCACCUCACAUGUAGGGUUAGAUGUUCCCUAACCACUGUCUUAAUUAAAAUGUCCAGGCCCCUCCUAAUAAAUCACAUUACCACAUAGAUCAAAGCUCAAGCAUAUCCAGGCUAAUUAUAAAACUUGAACAUUGACUGCUGAAAACCAGAUGCUGUAGGGAUAAUAGUAGAAGCCAUUUAGAAACACGUAGAACUUUAUCAUGGAAAGACUCAGGAAAUAAUAUAUCAUUUGUGUAUACCCCGUGAUAAAAGGUAUAAAGUAAACUCUUCAAGCCGAUAAAUGUCAAUUACAUUUUUGGACAUUGGCUUCCCAGCCAGGUGGGUUGCCAGAGUGGGCACUUUAAUUCAAUUACACAUGUGAUAGGGAAGACUUCCAGACUGAGCACUAAAUGGCUUCUACUACUGGACAAUAGGUUGAUAACUUAAACUGAUUGAUCAAGGUGAAUAAUAUAGUUACAAGGCAGAGGACCAUUCCUAAAUACAUUUGAGGUGAAUGUAUUUGUUAAUCAAAUAUAUUGCUUCUUGUUUAAUUGAGUUACCUAGUGUGACUCUAAACAGACUUCUUCAAACUUGACCUGUAAACUGAUUAUAUAAGUAUACAUCCUGAAAACAUUUAACCUGCACAUCUAUAUAAUUCAGGACACAUAAUGUUAUAUAACAACCUUAUAAACUUCUGGAAAUUAGAUUGAACUAAAUUGAGUUGCUCAUAUUUAUAGUUGCUAUUUCAAUGAAAAGUUCAGAAAACUGAAAAUUCAUUUAAGGCAUUAAAUUACAAGUAUGACAGCUAUAUGGCAAAAGCACUGCAGACCACUCGUCACAACAACUGCAAUGAACACGAGAAUGCCCAUUAGACGUAUCUUUCUUAACUAAGAAAUGACGGAAAGAAAGGGGGGAGGGGGUGAGGGUUAGAGGAGUGGAGGGGGUGGUAGACUGGCUUCAACAUGGCUGUGUUAGUAUGAGAUUAUCAACUGUCAAUCAUUUCAUAAUCACGUUCAUAAUACAGAUUGGCUGAGACUAAGGGAAGAGGGGGUAUAAAUACCACGUUUCAAACAAUGCUCUGGUAUCCUUCCAAAUACACCAUGGAGGCUAUUUGGGAGGAAAAUGCAGCAACGCUUGAGGAGUUGUGCGAGGAGCAAAUUUACACAAGUAUAAAUACGGAAAAUGUCAUUGACUUAAUGUCAAUGGCAAAUAGGAUGGGAUGCUGCAUCAUGCACGUCCCUUAGGGCGUGCUGCAUAAACUUUUGCGUGCAGAAUUACGCACGCAUCAGCAUGAAAACAUUAAAAACAUUAAUGGGGGAGCCAAUGCUGUGCAAGCUGGUCAUGGACCAGUUUGCAUACACCAUUUGUGACCUACAUGAAGAGGUAAGUUAACAAUUAAUUUAACUAAUCAUAU